AUGGCAUCUCAGAUCGAACCUUCCGCUCUGCUCGCUUCUCUUUCGAAAGCUGCUCUUCUCCCCUCUCCAGUCAUACCCUCGACUUUCAAGCCUUCAGUCGAGCUCUCCGUAUCCUUCAAUGAGAAACCAGUCGUCUCCGGCAACCUCUUCAGAGUGAGCCAGGUCAAAGACGCGCCCAGCGUUUCCUUCACCCCAGAGUUUCACCACUCCUCAACAACAAGCUACACACUCCUUCUAGUCGACCCUGAUGCACCGACCCCCGACGACCCAAAGUUCGCAUACUGGCGCCACUGGGUCGUCUCGCGCAUUCCUUCGUCUUCACCUUCUCCGUCCAACGGCACCACUUUAACACAGUAUCUCGCCCCCGGACCCAAGGACGAGUCCAAGCCGCACAGGUACCUGUACCUCCUUUACCGUGAGCCGGAGGGCCUGAAGGAGCUGAGUAAAGAGGAUGUGGGUGGGGAGGAAUUCGUGGAGAGGAGAAGCUUUGGGACAAAGGAGUGGGUCGAGAAGUGGGGUUGGAACUUGUGGGUGUGA